AUGCAACCCGCGUUGGCGCCAGCGCCGCAUCCCAGUAUGCAGAACCCUGCUCAGGACCACGCGGAUCAGGUGCUCCAUGACCAGCUUCUUGCUGCUCAGCACCAAAAUUAUCGUCCCCAGGGGGCUCCUGGCCAGCAACAGCACUUGCAGCCUAACACUGCCAGCCCCCGGGACCAGGCCAACAUCGACCCGGCUAUCUCAGGUGCCAUGAUGGCGGCGGCGCCCCAAACUCCCACUCAACCACAGCAGGCUUCUCCCGAGAACGUAACUCCUAAAAGCUAUGGCAAGCGCGAACUGUCGACUUCCAAGCGUGCCGCACAAAAUCGUGCUGCUCAGCGUGCUUUCCGCCAGCGCAAGGAAACCUAUAUCCGUAAACUGGAAGAGGAAGUCAAGGGUGUUGAGGGCCUGCGUGAGCAGCUUAAACAUCUGAUUAACGAAAACUACUCGCUCCGUGAAUAUGUCAUCAACUUACAAUCGCGUCUCAUGGAUGCCCAGGCUGAAGUCCCUGAGCUGCCUCCCAACAUCGACCUUAGCCAGCCUCGCCACGAGCUGGCUCUCGCUGCUGCCGGUAUUAGUGCUGCUGGCUCUCAAAAUUCCGUGCCCACUACCAAUGCUCCUCAGCAGCAGCAUGGUGGCACUGCCAAUGAUGAUAUGAACUCCCUCAAUCGCAUCGCCGUUGCAGGCCUCGGCAUGCGCAAACACCCUGAUGAAACAAACUUCAUGGGCGGCAACUUCCAGCCUAAUAAACGCCGUGACGAUAAUCAGGGUGAUGGCUCCGAUGGUUUGCCCAAGCAGGAGGGUCACCAUGGACUUCCAAUGGCUUGA